AUGUUGGCUGCAGCUUAUGGCAAGAUUGAAGCUGUAAAUUAUCUUUUAGACAAAGGAGCCGAUCCCUGUAUUAGAGACCAAUUAGGAAUGAAUUCACUGCACGCCGCUUCACAGGGUGGUAAUGUCACCAUCAUCGAGACACUAAUGUCACGUGGUCUAGAUGUCGAUUCAAAAGAUAGUACAGGAAGUACACCAUUGAUGUUGGCUGCAGCUUAUGGCAAGAUUGAAGCUGUAAAUUAUCUUUUAGACAAAGGAGCCGAUCCCUGUAUUAGAGACCAGUCAGGAAGAAAUUCACUGCACGCCGCUUCAGAGGGUGGUAAUGUCGCCAUCAUCACAAAAAUGCUGUCACUUGGUUUGGAUGUUAAUUCAAAAGAUUUUGCAGGUCGCACACCGUUAAAAAUCGCAAAAACAUAUGGCAAAACUGAGGCCGUAACCUUCCUACUUAGCAAGGGAGGACAUUAGUUUUUAUUUCUUACUGCUCCUUUAAAAUACGUUGUUCAGGUCCAUAGUCGCGAAAAGAAACGAUUGAUAAAUUUCACAAUAUUGAGUAAGACUAGAUAAUAAUUAAUUCAUAAUACCGCGAGAGAAGGAACAAAUCUAGG